UUAAAAAAAAUACAAUUUACUUUUUAAUUUCUAAGAGUAGGUUAUUUGUAUCUUUUAUUUUUUUUGGCAAAGUCUGGUUUUCACAUUAAUUAAACCGUUCGGAUAAGAAGAGGUCUAGAAUGAUGUAACCUAAACCGGUCUCAAAGCAACAACUGACUGAAACAUUUCUUAAUUGCUUUGGGAUUUUUAAAGUAAAUAUUACAGAGUCUGGUUAGCAAUAUAACAAGCCGCAAAAGCGUCCCCCUCAUCAAUCAAAUGGCUUAAUUUUUUCCAUCGUUCGGUUCGUCUUACAUCUUUUAUUCUUCGAUUGCGUGUUUGCCGAUGGGCUAUUGGGUUUCUCCAGCAGACCCGUCGUCUACUGUCUGCUCCUGGGAGCGAAAGCCACAAGUGAGAUGUCAACGCCCUUCCAGCACGUGGCCCAUUCGAUUUGGAUGGACAAGGGGGCCGCUUGAGAAGGGCGCUAAUUAAAUACAUUGUCACGUUUAUGGCCGCUGUGAGGUACACAAAAAAAAGGGGCGCUAGGCAAAUACAAGACCUGUUUAACCGUUAUCAUCACUCCUGCAAGGAAUGCCCAUUAAAAUGUCAACAUUUGUGUGGGUCUGUGCUGGAAGCUUUAUGUGUGUAUGUCCCAGGAUUUAUUCCGUGGAUUUCUUAAAUCCUCUUAAAUGCAAAUGUAAAUUGCGGCGCAUAACAAGUCCCAAAAUCCCACAUCAAAAAGGGAGAUAAACAAAAUAACCAGAAAUAUUAACGUACUUGAAGGAAGUAAACGAGAACCUUUAUGAAGAUAUACGUGACGAAUUCUACGAGGGCUGCGUUUGUGCGUGUAAGUUAUUGGUGGAAAAGCAAUAAAACUUUCACUUUCAGAUAUUAUAUCGAAAAGUAAGCGUCAAUUGGCAUCAACAAGGAGCAUUGACAUGAAAUGUAACACUGCCAAAGGGGGUUAGUCCCUCCUUGAGCGCCCACCAAAUGGGUAGCAGGAGUCUAAAACGAUUGCCGAGCUGCUAUAAAAGUUCCGGCGACAAACGACAGGCGCUUCAUUCGCGUCCUGGAUGCCAGCUAGCAAGCCUCCCAUUUGUGCUUCACAAUUUCAAGCUGAGGACAUCAUGGCUGCGUCUAUAGCAUCUAAAGCAUCCUCCUCGUGGCAAUAAAGUUAAAUCCAAUAAAAAUCAAAGUAAUAGCUAUGGAAAACCUAUUUACCGAGUGCUAGUGCGUGCGUUUAGUGCCAUGGGAAUUGUAGCCAGCAUAUGUGCGCCUUCAUUGAAUUUUGCGGAAGUUAUAAAUAAAUUGCAAACUAAAAGUGGAAUACAAGCAACGCGAGCAGGAAAUUUAUGAACUAACAAGACGGCAAAUGAACAUCAAAAGUGGAUUUUAAAGUGAAACUCGGCCACCGGAACCUGUUGAACAAAAAACAUCAACCAUGUAUGGGAUGCUGUACGAGAGUGUGCAGCACUACGUGCAGGAGGAGUACGGCGUGGACAUUUGGCGGAAGGUGUGUCACAUCAUCGACUGCAAGCACAACAGCUUCAAGACCCACCAGAUCUAUCCGGACAAGCUGAUGCCGGACAUCGCCGAGGCCCUGUCCGCCUGCACGGGCGAGUCCUUCGACUUCUGCAUGAACUUCUUUGGGCGCUGUUUUGUGCGGUUCUUCAGCAACUUUGGCUACGACAAGAUGAUCCGCUCCACAGGGCGAUACUUCUGCGACUUCCUGCAGUCCAUAGACAACAUUCACUUGAUUAUGCGCUUCACCUAUCCCAAGAUGAAGUCGCCCAGCAUGCAGUUGACCAACAUGGAUGACAACGGAGCUGUGAUCCUGUACAGAAGCAGUCGCACUGGAAUGUCCAAGUACCUGAUUGGACAAAUGACCGAGGUGGCCCGUGAGUUUUACGGCCUGGAGAUCAAGGCUUACGUGAUCGAGAGCCAGAAUGACAUCAGUGGAGGCACUGCUGGUCCCAUCAAGCUCACGGAGGGUCCCCUAACCGUGAUUGUGAAGUAUCGUCUGGACUUCGAUAACCGGGAGUACAUGGCUAAGCGGGUUAAUACGGAGGCCCAUCCCUCGCAGCUGAAAAUGCCCACUGUGAAACUGGAUGUGUUCCUCGAUCUUUUCCCCUUCACAAUUGUGCUGAACCACGACAUGAAGAUUACGCAUGCGGGUGAGAAGAUCGUUGAGACCUGGAUUAUGCACAAUCCCGGGGCCAAUCCAAAGGGCUUCAUUGGCACCCAUGUAAUGGACCUAUUCCAAUGCCGUCGUCCGAAGGACACCACCAUCGACUGGGAUACCCUAAUCCAGAUGAGAGCCGUGCUUUUUGAGUUCGAGUUAAUUCGUACGGGUCACAACCGCGCUGCCUACGACGCCGUCUUGAACAUGGACUUUGAGAACUACGACGAGAUGGACCUAAACGAAGCCCAGACAAUGGCGCUGGCCAAGGCCAAGGAGUUCAGUGAAACCCAUCCGGUGGAUGAUGAUGAAGCUGCGUUAGAGGAUGAGAUCGACCCUGCCACUGGUGAACGUCGAUCCUCCCAGGGCUUGCGGUCCAUCCUGUUGAAGGGUCAGAUGUUCUACAUCAAAGAUGUGGACUCGCUAAUCUUCCUUUGCAGUCCUCUAAUCGAAAAUCUGGAUGAGCUGCACGGAAUUGGUCUGUAUCUGAACGAUCUUAAUCCGCAUGGACUGAGUAGAGAGCUAGUUAUGGCGGGAUGGCAGCACUGCUCCAAGCUGGAGAUCAUGUUCGAGAAGGAGGAGCAGCGAUCGGACGAGCUGGAAAAGUCGCUGGAACUGGCAGAUUCGUGGAAACGGCAGGGCGAUGAGCUACUGUACUCCAUGAUUCCACGGCCCAUUGCCGAGAGAAUGCGCCUCAGCCAGGAGCAGGUCUGCCAGAGUUUCGAGGAGGUGUCAGUCAUCUUCCUCGAGGUGAUGAACGUCUACGAUGAAGGAUUGAACAGCAUUCAGGGAGCCAUGCAGGCGGUGACCACCUUGAACAAAGUGUUUUCGGCACUGGACGAGGAGAUCAUUUCCCCAUUUGUGUACAAAGUGGAGACCGUGGGUAUGGUUUACAUGGCUGUUUCGGGUGCUCCUGAUGUGAAUCCCCUUCACGCCGAGCACGCCUGCGACUUGGCCCUGAGGGUGAUGAAGAAGUUCAAGGCUCACGAUAUGGGAGAUGUGGCCAUUCGAGUUGGCAUCAAUUCUGGACCUGUGGUGGCUGGAGUAGUGGGCCAAAAGGUUCCUCGUUACUGCCUGUUUGGGGACACCGUUAACACCGCCUCGCGGAUGGAGAGCAGCAGUGAUCCCUGGAAAAUUCAGCUAUCGAAGUACACCGGCGAUAAAGUGCGUCAUGUGGGCUACAAAGUGGAGUCGCGCGGCACGGUCAAGGUCAAAGGCAAGGGCGAGAUGGAGACCUAUUGGCUGCUGGAGGGACCUGAGGACUAGGAAUAGCAAAAUAUGAAAUGUAUCUAUGUAUGAUUCACAAUGAUUUACCAUGCACUGAAGGAUUGUACGGCACCUGUGGCUUUUGUAAUUUGUUGCAAUAAAAGAGAAUUUAGCUCUGCUUCA